AUGCGUGUCCCCGACAACAACAUCAUCUAUACUACACCUCUCCAACUAGCGAUUCAUGCUAUCACUAAGUUCCAACCAAGUCAGCUGGCCAUGCCCCCACGUUCCAGGGCAGUCGAAGGCAAUGUAUUGCCUCUUGAGGACCAAUACCAGAAGGAAUUUUACCGUUGCCUUUUCCCUAUAUUGGACGGCCACUUUGUCCUUUCACCCGAGUUUGUAGUCAAAGCAGGGCCAAAAGGUGGCACCAUUGACUUCCUUAUUGCUGAGAAGAAAUGGGGCUUAGAGCUACUCCGAGAACGUGAUCGGCUCGUGGAACAUAUGAGAAGGUUUGAACAACAUGGCCAAUACUACAGCAUGUUGAAAUCCGGGGAAAUGGAGCAAUACAUUGUUCUAGACUUUACAAAUACGGCACCAAAGAAGUCUCGUCCAGAAUAUAAAAAGAAACUUUACCAUGUCGUAUUCACCGACAACUACCGACAUGUUGAUGUCAUUGAUGGCUCAGAUCUAAGCGUCGUCCAGUCUUUCGUGUUGCUGGAGCAGUCAAGCUCAAAUGUUUAG